UGUUAGUUCCCUUUGAAAAUGAAACAACGAACAGGCAACACCCACCCGCGACUCUAUAAAUAAUAUAAACACGCCGUCAACUCACAUAACCUUCAGACGGAGAACCUGAAAGGAUCGCAGCCUCACUUUCUAAACAAAGCAAUGGCGUCAGUCGAUGUUAUGAACCCCCACUACGGGUGGGGGUUGAAAAAAAAUCCCCACCUGCUGAAAGGAUACAAUAAGGAUAAUAUCAAGCUGCUGUAUGAUGGCAAACCACUGGAUGAUGACUCUGCACCAGUGAAAAAAUACGGGAUCAAAGCCGGCUCAACUGUACAGAUGACAGACAACCUGGAAAGAUCACAAGUUCCCCGCCUAAACAUGGAAAAUUGUAAACUCGGCAUUAUCUUGCCUGAUGGUCGGAGGGUGUCGAUGAUGCUGUGCCCCGGACAGCUGCAGCGUAUGACUGUAAGCCAGUUCAAAGAGGACAUACUGAGAGUGUGGGCCAUCCAUGGAUACACUGAGAAACAUGUCACUCUGCAAGUUGAAGGCAAGACACUGGACAACCCCUCUGCAUUGCUGGCUGAUUGUGGAAUCAAAGCCGGCUCAACUGUGCAGAUGCUUUUAGAAGUCUUCAUUAUCUUGCCUGAUGGUCGGAGGAGGAAUCUGGCUUCCUCGUGGUUUGCAUCAUUUAACUUUGAUAAAAUAGAAGACUGUCUCAGAGAAAUCAGACUGUCAAUGAAAAAAUUAAAUGCAAAACGUUCCAUUAUGUAACCUCAAAGAAACGUUCUCUGAGGAAAUUUCCACCUUAUCCUGAUUAUUAUACUAGUUUAGCUGUUUCUGUAAAUACUUUAAAAUCAACAUUGGGACAACUAAACCACAUUUUCCGAUAACAAAUUUAAAAAAGAGAUCAUAUUUUACAUGAUGACUUUUACUUAUCUGCAUGGGCUCUAAGUAAUGUCAUGGCAGGAAGAAAGAAAAAUCUACAAGCUUAUAUCAAAUGAGGUGUUGCUAACUUGUUCAAAUCCUGGCGUUGGAGCUUAGACAAUUCAGGCCAAUAUUUUACUCAAAUACAUCAGGCCAUAUUUAAGUAUUUUGUUGUGAUCUUUAAUUUGAGUUUCUAGUUAUAAUCUUAAUUAUUUUUACCCUUUGCUCUUUUCACCACACCAAACCAAUAAAGGACCAAA